AUGCCGAUUUGUAUAGAAUGUCGGCACCCCGUCAAGACACUCUGGCGCGAGGGCGGCGGCGACAAGUCGGGCGGGCACAACAUCCGUUUGACAGUAUGCAAAAACUGCGGCCGCUUCUGCGACAAAUACGUCGAGCACGAUUUCGUGGUGUUGUUUAUUGAUCUGGUCUUGAUCAAGCCACAGCCCUCGAUCAUCCGCCUCGGCGUUCUCCUUUUGCUCUUCGACGUCUAUCUCACCUGGGCACGUAUCGAGCGCCAAUCCGCACCAGCCGACCCUCCCGAUAUAACCGACAAUGAAAAUAACUUUGGCCGACUUGCCCAACAACCCAUAGUCUUCCAAUACAUGUUUUUCCUAAUCCUCUGCACGCUCUCCACAAUCGCCUUCCACGGCUCCAUCCGCUUCCUCACCUCAUCACGCUACUCCCCACUCGCCGCGCUCGGCCUGUUACCACGGUACUCGCGGCCUAACUCAGUCUCCACGGCGCUGCUCGUGUCGUCGUCGACCAAGCUGUUCCCGAUCCUGAUGGUGAUCUGGGAAUACGACGUGCCCGCGGCGGCGCGGUCGCUCGGGUGGGCCGUGGUGGCCAACAACGUGGAGGCGCUCAAGAUCCUGCUGGACUGCGGGUACGGCGUCGCCGCGCUGCUGGCCAUGGCCGGUGCGGUCAGUCGGUGGGCGAUGGGCCGGGCGGUGCUGUGGGCGGCUGGGUUGGAAGGGGUGGACUCAGCGGGCGAGUCCGGGGUUGCGGAGGACGGGCGCGCCUUUGUCGCGAUGCUGAUGUACGCGAGGGAAUGGGCGGGCAGGCUGGCUGUUGGUUAG